GAAGAGUUUACUGUGAUAAUAGAAUAUUUCGAUUAAAUAUAAUUUUGUCACUGAGACUUACUCGAAGUGCGAUUAAAAGAGGUUUACUCACGUUGGAAAAAAUCAAUAUGAAGUCUCUUCAGAGUUACCAGUCUGGCUAAAAUGUUUAAUAACUCAAAAGUUACGCUUCCAGUCAACAACUGUUGAAAAUUAGGUACAGUACCAUAUUCUGUAAUGACCUUCGAUACACGGGACUCGACUGAUUUGUCAGCAAACUCCUAUGUUCAAUUAUUAUUGCCUUUUCCAUUCGAUGCCGUGAUAUGUGCGAUGAAUACAAAGCCUGUCAGAAAGCUGAAAAACUAGCCAUGCUUAACUAUCGCUACCAGAAUUCACAUGCUCGUGGUAGGUUACGUAGUGGAUUGCCAGACACUGGAAUUACAAGUGGAGCCGCUAGAACAGGUCAAGGAGGAGUUGAAGUAAACUUUUUCUCACAUCGAGCUCUUGGUGAACAAGAUUCUAACCUUUUCUAUCCACCAAUCAAAGCCUCAAGACCCAUUUUUGUUUUGAACUGAAACAUGUCCACGAGUGUAUUUUCAUCCUUGUCCACGAGGUAAAUCACCGUUUGGAGCUGCUUCUUCAAUUCUGGCUUUACCUCGGUCACAUGUUCCUGCUGCUGCUGUCACCAAUAAUUUUCCCAGUGAUGAAGAUGAUUCAUUGAAUGCAAGUAUUAUUGAAGAAAGUCGAGUCCAUGGAGCCAAUGGUAAUGGAGAGAUUGGAUCCAAAGGAAUUAUUCCUGACUCAUCUGAUAAUCAUCAUAAUCAUCAUAACCAGUGUACUUGCGUUGAACCUCGAGCUAAUGGAUUUGAUUCGGAAGCUGUUAAUAAUGCUGCUUCUUCAUCUGGUCAACCAUCUGGUCGUCAUCAUCAUAAUCAUCACCACAUUCAUCAUCAGCAUCAUGGCCAACAGACAAAUUCGCAACAAUCAGGGGAAACGCAGCCACAACCAACACCAUCUUCAUCAACAUGCACAUAAGCACAAACAAAUGUUGAACAAUGGCCAAACAAGCGGGGAAAACGAAAAAUCAUUUAAUCCAAGUUGGCUUCAAUCGUCAAUAAUUGUAGAUGAGCUCCACCGGAAACAUUCUCAAUUGGUUCGAGAGAAUGCAAAAAGUCCUAAAACUCGUAACUCUGACGAUCAAAGAUACAUUUUCUGGUCCGAAAAUCAAGAUAGAUUAAUUUAAGCUUUUGACACUUUUUUGGCCAAAACAAAAUCACUUUCGAGGAUUUAGUGAUUUAGAUAUGUAUUCAUGUAAUUCAGGUUGCCUGGUCUCAUAUUUGUAAUAACAACAAAGAAAUACCCAAAUGGCAUGAAAAUUAGGUUAAUCGCGUUUCGACUUUUUUAACCAUGUUCCAGAUAACCUUCUCAGGUCAAUCGAUUGUGGAGAAAUUAGAUUUUUCUCUUAGCUUUAACUUCUUCAUCAACAUCAGAAACUUUACAAGUCUAUUUUGUUUUCUUGCUACUAGACGUAAACACAAACUGGAACUGAAGCUGGUUAGUUAGUUUAAGAAUCAACAGAAGGAAGCACAAGCAAUGAUUCUUGGUUCAUUUAUAUUCUUGCUGUUUGUUCAAAAAUAGACCAGCAGAUGGAAGCAGAUACCAAACGAAUACAAAAAUCGAUAAAAAUUUUGAAAGUUUCGACUGAACGAGAAAUUAUCUCGUUAAUAUUAUAAUUGAUGGAAGUUCGAUAAGUUUUUGAAAAAAAUUCCUAAGAUGAAGCAUUUGUGACAAAAGUUGGCCCUAAAUCGGUUCAACUGCAACACCUAAAUACCUGAGUUGAGUAAAGUCAUGAAAAGACAAUAUUGUUGAUCCAAUAAUACAAGUUACUAUAUUGUGUUUGGACCAAUGGGAAGAGUCUAUCAACAUGCCUCAAAUAUCAUUGGCUCUUAUUCGCGCAUCUUUCUUGUCUCACUCAUAAUGUUUUAAAAUUGUACAUAAACUCGAAAAUUGUCAACCUCGAUUAGCUAGUGUUACUUUUUCCUCUUGUAUGUAAUCAGUUGAACAGUUUUGUUUAGCAAAAGAUAAAAGUUGUAAAGUUUUCUUGAAAUGGACAGUUCAUCACCAACAAGUCCAAAUCCUUCAGCAUUGUUGCUUCGAUCAGCAGCCGAGCGUUACCAGCGAACACCAAAGUGUGCUCGAUGUCGAAACCAUGGAGUUGUAUCAGCAUUAAAGGGCCACAAACGUUACUGUCGAUGGAAGGAUUGCUCUUGUGCUAAGUGUACCCUGAUUGCGGAACGACAACGAGUCAUGGCUGCUCAAGUCGCCCUUCGUCGGCAACAAGCUCAAGAAGAAAAUGAAGCUCGAGAAUUGUCAAUGUUGUACGGUUGCCAUGAAGGCAUCAUGGCCAUGCAUCGCGCUGGAUUAACCUUUUCAGCAGCAAUGGCUCAGAUCAUCCAAGUCCCAUCAAAUGAUUCGCCAGUCGCUAAUAAACGGCCUCGUCUAUCGGACUCGGGUGAACAGAUUGGAGUUGCAAGUGGUGACUCUGAUAAUGAAACUGAUGAACCUGAAAGUGAAAGCAAAGACUUGGGUGAACUCAGUGAUUCUGGUGUUGCCGUUAAGCCGGUUGAAGGGUCAACUUUUGUUACCAAUGGUUCAUCCGAUGAAAUGUCACUUUCACCGAAACAAGUUGACAAGGGUAAAGAAGGUUGUGUUGAGGAUAAAAUUGAUAUAACCGAUUGUAGUCUUGUUGAGAGUAAUGAUGUUGUUGUUGAUCGACCGCCCAAAAGGUCAACUCUUGAAAUAUUGACUGAACUUUUUCCCAUCCAUAAACAGUCCACUUUGAUUAAAGUGUUGGAAAGUUGUGGUGGUGAUGAGGUUAGCGCAAUAAAACAAUUGUUUAGUUCAAUGGCUUCAGCGGUAAACCUUGACUCUAAUUCAAUGCGAAAGAGUGAACCUUUACCGACCAACAAUCUCAUCAAUAACCAUCAUUACAACAACAACCAUCAACCUCGUCAUAAUCAUUCACCACUUGUCAACAACAAUAGCAAUAACAUGAACAAUGGUAAACACGAUGAUGAUCUUCACCAAUGCGACUCUUCUGAUCUCAACGGCAACUCACCCCGUGAUUUAUCAACAAAUAAAAUUUCAUCAACCAACUUGACCAAAGAAGAUCACUCGCCACCAUCUCAACCCUCAGUUCAUGCUCAUAGUCAGAACCAACAGCAUCAUCAAGCAAACCUCAUUCCUUCCCAUCAUCAUCAUCAACACCAUCAACAACAGCGCACAACAACUUCACCUUCAAGUUUCUUUAACCAUCUAAUUCCAGGAUUAGUAGAAAUGGAUCGAUCGAAUCGUGAUCAUCACAGACGAUCAUCGCUAACACCCAGUCAACAUGCCCAUCAAACUGCUCCUUCACCACCUGAAGGUCUUCACCAUCUAGCAUCACUUCACCCUUCACUGGCUCCUUUCCAACGAACCCUUCUCAAUGUUGGCUCACCUUAUGCCAACCUGUUUCCCGGUUUCCCAUCAGCAGCGGCGGCAGCGGCCGCUGCUGCUGCUGCUGCAGUAUCAGCUUCAGUAACAUCUACUGGGUCAUCUUCAUCUUCAUCCAACUCGACCACAACUGUCUCAUCAACUGGCACUUACAAUCCUUUUGGUUCAUCUUCUUCCACUUCAACCUCUACCAAUCAUCAACUUUCACCACUCAGUCCACCCAUAGUCUCACCAGGUUACUCUUCACGAAUGGCCUCACUUCGCCUUCAAAAUGACCUGUUAGCAUUCCCUCAUCUACUAGCUCAACACCAUCACCAUCAUCACGCUUCACCUCCACCAGCCCCUUUGACCCCUUCAUCAACCAAGAAAACUUCAUCUUCUUCCUCACCUCCUUCAAUGGCAGCCCGUAAAGCAAACGAUUGGAUGUUGGACGAAAAAAAAGUCUCUUCAGGUUCACCCCCUCCACCACCACCACCACACACAACCCACUCGACAUCAUCAAUACACUCUUCAUCAUCUUCCUCAUCUUCAUCUUCAUCAACAUCAAAUAAACUCGAAUAGCAAAAACGGCAAAAAAACCAAAUCAACAAAACAUUUCCAUUUCAAUGUAAAUUAAACUCUAACUGUUAUUAAUAUGUCGCAAAAGUUGAGAAAAAAAGAAAUAAAAAAUUGCCAAAAAAUUAUUGAAAAGUUAGUCAAUUUAGCCGAAGAAAAAAACUUCUUAAGUUCAUGUUUAUCGCUCCUAUAUUGAGAUGAAAAUUGGAUAAAUUGUGAAUUCUUUGUAUUCCUCCCAAUUCUAGAACUUAUUUCUUUCUCUAUUACAAGAGAUGA